AUUGACCAAGUUGAAGAAGACGUAUAUAUUUAUUUAUUGGCUUCCCAUUUAUUCAUUUCUUCCAAAUCUCACGGUAUCAAAACUAUCAAUCAAAAAUCAACCUUUUUGAAGAGGAUUUCUUUUGCUUAAUUUCUAGGCGCACAACUUUAAAGUGGUCAGAAAUAUUUUCGGAAAAGCGGGAAAAGGGAAAGAGUUUUGUUCAUUACCAUCUAGUAGACCCAGGGUCCUGGGGGCAUCUGGGUAUUUUUAAAAUGGAAUACGAAAAUCAUAGUUGGAUUUGGGAUGGAGUUUGCUACUACCCGCAUGUAUUUGGAGGAAUAAUGAUCACAGCAGCUCUACUCGGUCUAUCGACAAGCUACUUUGGCGGGAUCGGAGUACAUUAUCUGCCGUAUAUGUGUCCUGGUUUUGGUAUUUUGAAAAAGCGUGCACAUGAGAAGAAACGUGUCAGAGUAUACAUGGAUGGAUGCUUUGAUUUGAUGCAUUAUGGUCAUGCAAAUGCACUGAGGCAAGCGAAGGCUCUAGGAGAUGAAUUAGUUGUAGGAGUUGUUAGCGAUGAAGAAAUUAUGGCUAACAAAGGGCCUCCAGUGUUGUCUAUGGAAGAAAGGUUGGCACUUGUUGGUGGGUUAAAAUGGGUCGACGAAGUCAUUCCUAAUGCUCCCUAUGAAAUUACAGAGCAGUUUAUGAAAACUCUCUUUAAAGAGUACAAAAUUGACUAUAUCAUACAUGGUGAUGAUCCUUGCUUACUUCCUGAUGGCACUGAUGCUUAUGCAUUGGCAAAGAAAGCUGGCCGCUACAAACAAAUUAAACGUACAGAAGGAGUUUCAAGCACAGACAUUGUAGGAAGGAUACUUCUAACUGGUCGUGAUCAAAGUGCUCACAAAGAUAGUGAUGAUCUGACUUUACAUGAGGAAUCUUGUGGCGUUAAGCAAGUCACUAAGAUAAAGCAGCCUACAGUUGGUCAUUUAUCUCAUUUUCUUCCCACCUCCAGGCGCAUUGUGCAGUUCUCAAAUGGGAAGGGGCCUGGACCAAAUGCUCGUGUUGUGUAUAUUGAUGGAGCAUUUGAUCUUUUCCAUGCUGGACAUGUCGAGAUACUUAGAGCUGCUCGACAGCUUGGAGAUUUCUUACUUGUUGGAAUUUACACUGACCAAACUGUCAGUGAAAUUCGAGGGCCAGGAUAUCCAUUGAUGAAUUUACAUGAGCGCAGUCUCAGUGUAUUGGGUUGUCGUUAUGUUGAUGAAAUCAUCAUGGGUUCACCGUGGGAGGUCACUGCAGACAUGGUAACAACCUUCAACAUUUGUUUGGUAGUGCAUGGAACAAUAUCGGAGGCUAAUCCUCUAAUCAAUGGAGAUGCUGAUCCCUAUGUAGUGCCCAAGAGUAUGGGUAUUUUCAGGGUGAUUGAAAGCCCCCAAAACAUAACUACGUCUUCUGUGGCCCAAAGAAUUAUCACCAAUCAUGAAAUCUACAAGAAACGAAACCUUAAGAAGGUGCAAAGUGAGAAGAAAUACUAUGAAGAGAAGACAUAUGUGUCGGGAGACUGAGAAUCCCCAAAUGUCGUUAAACAUAUCUCCAUCGAUGCAAGCCUCCCCAGAACAGGCUUAGAAAUGCAUGUAUAGUUUGCAGAUAGAUACUCGUGGAUAGGCUCAAUGCUAAUAGCUCGAGAAAGAAGAUAGCAAGCCAAGUCAUUGAUUGAACCUAGGCUGCCUUGAGUUGCCUAACAUCCUGGUCAUCCUCUCUCCGCCCCUUUCUCAUUGCUAAGUCGUCAGUGGUAAUGCAGUACAUCCUCAAUUAUCAAUUAGCAGAAUAUGCAGCUCAUAUUUAUAUUUAUAUUAUAAUCGUGAAAGUUCACUCUGCAAGGAGGAAGUUUUGUUGUGUAUUUUUUUUUCUCUCCACAUCCUACUGAGUUUAGGGAAAUAUCUUUUAGUUUUUUUUU